CCCAAAACCAAAAAAAACCAGUGCCACUCAAACACGCUCCCUCUUCUCCUCGGUUCUCUAAUCCUUCCUCUCUCUCUCUCUCUUUCUCUGUGAAAUGGAGGAACCGCAAGAAAUGCAGAUCGACGGCGGAAAACAAGGGGACGAGUUCUACGAGGAGAUCGAAGCGCCCAAGUUCGUGGACUUCACCGUACCCGAUCAGUACUGCCCCGACGACCGCUACUGGUUCUGUUUACGUGUCGGAUGUGAUCAGAAACAUGAAGAAGAAAUAGAUUCCGAAGCAAUCUACAAAGAUUUUGUUCUUCGGGUUAUGGCAGCAAGAAGUCCCAAUAUACGGCUUCGGAAAGCCCUAAAUAGAAAAGCUGCAAGUGGAAAUGUGAAAUGCCCACUUACGGCUCCCCCAAAAUCUUCGAGGUCUAGAAUACCAAGAUUAGCACUAAUUUCUUCAGUUUCUCAAAAAGUGGUUCAUAAGGCCAGUGCAGCAACCCCAGAUUCAAAGAAAAAACAGCCUUCUGAUGUGUCUAAGGCUUUUACCACUCCAAGGAAUAAAAAGCGCCUCUCAAAUCCCAACACAUUUAGAAGUGUUCGGAAUCCGAAAGCAACAACUAUUGCUGUGCCCAAGAAUAGAGUGGUAGCAAAGGCUUUAGCCUUCAACUCACCAAAGAAAGCAGUGAAGACAAAGACUUGUUCAGAACUGAAUACGCCUGUGAGAACAAUAUGUGAAGCAAUGAAGAAGCUUGAGAUCACCGGUGGAAAGAAGCAUGUAUUGGGGUAUGACAAAUCAUUGCCUAUAGGUGGUGCUUCAAGAAAACAAUUAAGAGGGAGAGAGGUUAAAAGCCGGGUUUAUGAUGCCUUGAAUUCUCGCAGCCGCAACGUCCAGGAAGCCAAAUCUUCGAGAUGUUUGAAGAGAAAGAAUAAUGGCAAAGACAUAAAACCCUCUUGUGAUCAUGUGCCUCAUGAAGGGGAUGAUGAUUCUAGUGACAUGGAAAUAGAGGAGAAAUCAAGGAAUGGUUCUUUUGAAGGGUGCAGCGGUGAAGCAAAUGCACAUGAAGAGUGUUCGGAAACCGUGAAAUCGCAGCAAGGUGAGCAUUCAGUUGAAGUUUUCUCAGAUGCAUCAAGAGGUGACAUUAUCUCCCUAUCAAGUUCUGAAGAGAGGGAUUCAGGAGAAAAUGAAGAUCCAAAAUCCCAAGCUCAAAGUUCAGUGGCUGAAGGGACUAGUGAAGGAAGUGAUCGAGAGGAUAAAACAGUAUCAAGUUCAGGGAAAGAGAAAAUCCCUAAAGUCAAGGAAAGUGAUGAUAAGGAAAAUAUUUUGGCUUGUGAUGACACUGAAAAUGGCAGUGAAGCCAGAGAUGAUGAUGAAAAGGAGAAUGCUUUAGCAUCAGAUGAUAACAGGGUACAGAAUCACAAUGAUGGUAAACAUGGAAAUUUAAUAUUGGGGAAGAAAGAGAUUUCUAAAAUAUCAAAAAAGGUUAACAGAGUAAUAGGCAAGACAUUAAAGGAGGGUUCCAUCCCUGCUGCCUCUGGUUCUCAAGGGGUGAAGUAUUGGAAACCAAAGCCUACAAAUCCAAAGCCUUUUAGGUUGAGAACUGAUGAAAGAAGAAUUCUUAAGGAAGCAAACUUGGAGAAAAAAAUCCUUACACCUCUGUCAGAAAUUACAACAGAGAAAACAUCACAAAGAAAACAUCUGAAGGUAAUCCAAAAGAAUGAAAGAUGCCGUAGAAAAAGUGAAAAUGAUUGUGAUAUACAUGAAGGUGGUGAAAAGAAACUGGACAGAAGAACACCAGAGAAUCAUUCCGUAAGGAUUGGAAGUACUUGCUUGAAGCAUUCAAAAGGAGAAGUGGAACGUAAAUUAUCACCUAUGACUCCAUGUAGACGUGCCAUUUCUUCACACCAGAAACCCCAUCUUGUGACUUCACCAAUGGAACGUGAGAAAGCAGCUCAAAAACUACAGAACAGCUUGAAAAAGAUUAAAUCACCAAUUAUACAACAAAAACUUGUGAGGCCUAGUGGAGCUAUGUCGAGUAGAAAGGAAACUGUUUCCCUCAUGACACCUCGUCAACUCAGUGUCAUUAACGAAACCUCAUCAAAGUUUUUAACACCCAAGAAUGUGGCAAAGCCAUCUCAGAAUGCUGCCCCAGGAACUAAAGCUUCCACUCGUACUGCUUCCAGGUCGUUGUCACGGGGAAGAAGGCCUGCAACCAUUCCAAAGGAGCCGAUUUUUCAUAGCAUCCAUGUACCGAAGAGCUGCACAAGGAAACAACAAGCCUAGAUGACCUUGUUGAGUGUAUGAUAUCUUCUUCUUGUUCAAUAAUGUCAUUGAAUUGUACUUUUCCUGUUUAAAUUUCAGGCUUUUCUUCAACUAUCUUCGGCUUUUGGGAAUUGGUAAUUUCCUUCAAGCAUGUGUGUAUGUUGUAACAUUUGAGAUUAGAAACCGAUUUGUUUUGAUUAUUUAAAAAGAGAGAAGCAAUGUAAUUGAUUA